AUGUACUCCAUUGCUCUUGUCGUAUUUUUUAGUUACCUCUCCUGGAAAGUUCUAUGUGAGCCAUCCUUUAUAUACAAGUUAAAAAACAUGGAGUGUUCCACAGUUCCUGGGUUCUCGGCAAAUGCUUCGUGCCGAAUAAAGCCAGUAAAUUGGAACAAAGCCGUGGCGGAAAUGGACGUGGACCUUGCUAGGACUUUGAAAAAUAUUUCUAUCCGAGUUCAAUUCUAUAUGAGAGACUACAGUAACCAGUACCAACCCUUUCUCGUGGAUGUGAUGAUUAAUUUUUGUAACAUUCUCUCGAAGCGAAACUUUCUACCUUAUGGGAUAAUGAUUCUGCAAGUAACCAAACGAUUCUCAAAUUUUAAUCAUUCUUGCCCCUACUCUGGACAUUUAAUGGCACGCGACGCAUAUUUCGACGAAACAUUUGCUCCGAACCUUUUUCCGCUGGGUUUUUAUAAGGUCAACAUCACCAUAAUGGAAGGCUAUGUUAGGGCACCAAGUGCGCAUGUUGGGAAUAUUGUUAGCUAUGUCCAGGUUAUGCAAGCAUACAGGAGUAAAAAAAAAUCGAACAGAACUAAGUCCUGA